UCGUCCACUGAUCCAAUAUGAUCCAAUGAAUCCCAUGUGCUGCCCGAUGUGUUUUGCCGGAGGUGUCCGUCGUUUCUGAUUCCCGCAGCAGAGCAUCAUCCAGCAAGGGCAGCAAGAAAAUGGACGAUGAGCGUUUCAAGCACAUCACCACGGACCCGCGGUUCCGCAGUGUGCCGCGGACAGAAAAGAAAGUCAAAGUGGACAAGCGCUUUCAGGCCAUGUUUGAUGACAAAAAGUUUAAACUCAAGAAUGCCAUGGAUAAACGUGGCAGACCGAUUGAACGGAAAGCCACGGAGGACCUCAAGAGAUUCUACUCCGUUUCGUCGGACUCGGACAGUAGUGAUGAACAAGAGGAAAAAGCUUCAGAGCCAGAGGAAGACCUCGAUGAAGAGAGUUCAGAAGCAGAAUCGGAAGACCUUGCACAGAAAGCAGACAAAGAGCCACCAGACCUUGCUCGUGGUGUGGGCAACGUAGAGAGCAGUUCUUCCGAGGAGGACGAAGAGGAUGAAGAUGAGGAAGCUGAUUCAGCAGUGGAAGUUGAAUGGGGCGAACUCGACCGAGAUGCCCCGCGUUCGGAAGAUGCUUCGCGGCGUCUCGCCCUCUGUAACCUGGACUGGGACAAGCUGCAGGCGCAGGACCUGUUUGUCCUCCUGCACUCCUUCAAGCCACCAGAGGGCACCGUCUGCUCAGUCAAAAUAUACCUCUCAGAGUUUGGCAGGACGAGCCUGGCCGAGGAGGAAAAAAGAGGCCCCCUGUUGGAGAAAACGGAGAAAGGACACGACGAGGAGGCACUCCGCAGGUACCAUCUGAAGAGGCUCAAGUAUUACUAUGCAGUCGCUGAGUGUGACUCUGUGGACACAGCCGACCAUCUGUACAAAGAGUUGGACGGCAGGGAAUAUGAGGCCAGCGGGACGUGCCUUGACCUCCGCUUCGUUCCAGACGACAUGGUGUUCAACGAUGAACCAACGAGCGUUGCCGAGAGCCUCCCCGACUCUUAUGAGCCACUCAACUUCACCACCUGGGCCCUGCAAUCUUCCAACGUGCACCUCAAUUGGGACGAAGACGAUCCCCGACGUGCCCGCACCUUCCGUGAGGCUUUCAAAGGCGAUGAGGCGACCGAUAACCUCGACGUCUACCUCGCGUCUUCCUCUUCGGACGACGACAGCUCGCAAGGAACAACGAUGGAGGAACAGGCACGAAAGUACAGAGCACUGCUCGAAGGUCUGGAACCUGAAAAGAAGUCUAAAGAUGACGACAUGGAUAUGGAAGUCACGUGGAAUCCAGAUCUGAACAAGACGGUACAGGAGAUGGUUGACAGGAAACAGCAACAACAGCCAGUCACCGUCUUUGAACAGUAUCUGCAGAAGAGGAAAGACAAGAAGAAGCAGAAGGCUGCUGCUCAGAAGGAGGAACAAGCAGCCUUUUCGGACGACAGCGUCCCCUCCGACGUGGACCUCGACGACGACUUCUUUAGGGACGAGGAUGAGAAUGAAGAUGGAGAUGUUGCUCCAAAGAGGAAAGAUGAACAGAAGAAGAAGAAGAAAGAGAAAGGAAAAAAGAAGGUCGCCAAGGAAGAGCCGAUUGAUGACAAGGCAAAGGCAGAGCUGGAACUCCUCCUCAUGGACGAAGAUGACGGGAGACAACAUUUCAACAUGAAGAAGAUUAUUAAGGAGAAACAGCGCUCUAAAAAGACAAAGAAAUCGGAUUUAAAAGAGAAAGCCUCCACUGGACCAGAAUUUCAGGUGGAGCUGGCAGAUCCCCGUUUUGCUGCCGUGUACAACUCUCACCACUUCAGCAUCGAUCCAACGGAUCCCCACUUCAAGGAGACGGAUGGCAUGAAGGCCAUCCUCAAGGAGAAGGAGAAGCGAAGACUUCAGCAGAAGGACGUACCACCGGCAAAAAAGAUGAAAGGAAAAGAGGAGGAGGAGGAGGAAGAGGCAACAGUGCCACCAGAAGAAACGCGACAACCGUCGCUCACCUCACUCGCAAAUUCCGUGCGGAUGAAAAUGAAGAACAGGAAAAAUAAAAGUAGAUUUCCAACGUAA